AUGGAUAAAACAUUACAUGAAAGCGAUACAUCGCUGUAUUCGAAAAAAAGAGCAACCUUUCGCUUGUCUCGGAACAUAUCACCAAUACCGGAGAUCUUCAAAUCCGCCGAAUCAUCUCUCCAUAGGCAAGCGAGUAUUGUAUCCGAUCCGGAUAUUCACUGUGGAAAGACUUUCCGCGCUGGUCUCUUGAUUACUACAUUCAGCGUACACUGGCUGAUAUCCACUUUCAUUUUCGCCGUUGGGCUAAGUUUGACUUUAUACCAUGCCGGCUAUAACAAUGAUUGUUAUGUGUACUUCACGAUAGUUUAUCUGCGGAUAUUUUUUUGGAUUAUUACAUAUAUUCAACAUGAGCUAAUUAAACCAGCAUGUCAACGGCUGAUCAAUCAAAAUUAUAACCUAUACCAGGACAUGACGUGCUAUCGAAAGGCGCCACUCAGGAUUGUGUCGUUCUGGAAUAUAAUAUUAAUUGCAAUCCAAGCGAAUAUACGAAGCCUUUUUGCAGUAGAUGAUCGCGAAGCAAACAUCUGUAAAGCCGUUGGGGAUGUUUGGGAGUUGAGUGUUAACUGGAAUAUUUCUCCUCAAUUAUUUAUUACUGUCUUUUGCUGCUUGGAAACAAUAGCACUCACUUGCUUCUACAUACCAGCGAUAAAACGCCUAAUGAAAUCGAUACAACAGCAGUCCGAAGAAGAUUCCCCAAAUCGAACCCUUUCGAAUCAAGAUGAUAUUUCAAUCAAUCAGAGAUUGAAACGGCAAGCUGAGCAAGUCAAAAUACUGCGAACUACUCACACGGCACUUGUAAAGGAAGCUGUUACUUUGGGGGUAUUCGAUGAAGAUCAGUGA